AAAAUUUUUAAACGAAGGAGAGUUGAAAUUCUUGCUGCUGAGUACUGAAAAACUCAGAAACAAUGGCGGCCAUUGAAGCUGUAACUGCACUCUCCUUUCUACGUCACCCUUCUUCUUCCCCAAAGACCUUCUUAAGUCCAAAACCCCAAAGCUUAUCUUCCUUAACUUUUCAAAUAUCCAUAUCUACCCCCCUCUUUUCCCAAAAUUUCCCCAUCCAUCCAUUAAUCAACACCCAGAAGAAUCUGGGUUUUAAACUCUGCUCCACUUUGCAAGAACUAAGCGUAGAAGCUGAAACAGAGAAAACCCAGAAACCAAAUGUGAAAAGAAAGCUUUUUGUGUUGAAUUUGCCACGGGCUUAUACGGUUGCUGAUAUCAAAGACCUCUUUUCCCAAUGUGGGAACGUUAAAGAUGUUGAGAUUAUUAAGGAGAAAGAUGGGAAAAGUAGGGGGUUUUCGUUUGUGACGAUGGCUUCUGGUGAAGAAGCUCAGGCUGCUGUAGACAAACUCGACUCUCAUGAAGUGUCCGGGAGAAUUAUAAGGGUAGAGUUUGCUAGGAGAUUCAAGAGACCUUCACCAGCUACUUCUCAGCCGAUUGUUCCUUCCUGUGAGUCGCGCCAUAAGCUUUACGUGUCGAACCUUAAUUGGAAAGUCAGGGCGAAUCAUCUGAGAGAGUUUUUCUCGGCCUUCAACCCGGUUUCAGCUAGAGUUAUUUUUGGUACCCCGUCAGGACAGUCUGCAGGGUAUGGCUUUGUUUCAUUUGCCACAAAGGAGGAAGCUGAGGCUGCAAUUUCUACUCUUGAUGGAAAGGAGUUGAUGGAUCGGCCACUGCGUUUAAAAUUCAGUGAAAAAACAGCCAAUGAAUUCGGGGAUGAAGACACUGAACAGAAGGAAAUCGAAGUCUUAGAUAUUCACUUGGACCUCAUGUCUCCAUCCUUUUGAGAGCAGUGUACAAAUG